AGUAGAUUAAAAUUCAAUAAGUUAGGUGCUUCUCUUGUCAGACGUAAACAUCUCGGAUUCAACGCGAUAGUUUUCGUGUUAUAUAAACGUAAUAUACAUAACAAAAAGUAUGAAUGCGUAUUGAAUAAAUUGAAUCGCGCACCUUUUUUCGUUCCCGUUUAAAAAAGAUUAUCUAACUCGAUACCCGUUUGUGUUUAACUUUUUUUUUAAAUAUUCUUUGGCCAACAUUUCGCAAUCUUACGUGAAAGUCCAAGUUUAAGGUGAACACAACCUAAACAUUUGACAUUUCUGACGCGAAUAGAAACGUAUGGUCGCGAGUCAGUCGGUUUUCCAGUUAUCUUGCUACCGGCAGUCACGCGAUGAAGUAGUCUAAACUCAUUCUUCUUCCGUGACAGAUUUGUCUGUCGGUCUACUUAAAUAGUUUUAACGCUUUUCGAUUUGUGACAACGAUUUAAACAUGGCAUUUCGCGUCGAGCCCGAGAAGAAUUAUGGAUUCAUAUUGAAAAGUUUAGUUGCUGGUGGUGUAGCUGGAAUGUGCUCAAAAACAACAGUGGCCCCGUUAGAUAGGAUAAAAAUAUUGUUACAAGCGCACAACAGACACUAUAAACAUUUAGGUGUUCUUUCCGGAUUAAGACAGAUUGUGCAUCACGAACGAUUUCUUGCCCUCUACAAGGGAAACUUUGCCCAAAUGAUUAGAAUCUUUCCAUACGCCGCAACGCAAUUUACUACAUUCGAAUUAUACAAGAAGUAUCUAGGAGGCUUAUUUGGGAAGUACACACAUAUAGAUAAAUUUUUGGCUGGAUCUGCGGCUGGUGUUACAGCGGUUACAUUAACAUAUCCAUUAGACACAAUUAGGGCUAGGCUUGCUUUUCAAGUUACCGGGGAACAUAUUUAUGAAGGAAUUAUGCAUGCCAGCAUCACAAUUUUCAAGGAGGAAGGUGGUGUAAGAGGAUUCUACAAAGGAUUCUGGCCAACUAUUUUUGGUAUGAUUCCAUAUGCAGGAUUUUCGUUUUAUUCGUUCGAGCAGCUUAAAUAUUUAUGCAUGAAAUAUGGACCAAAUAUUUUUUGUGAAAAAUGCGACAAUAAUACAGGUGGUUUAGUUUUGAGUAUACCAGCAAAAUUAUUGUGCGGAGGUAUUGCAGGUGCUAUUGCUCAAAGUUUUUCUUAUCCGUUAGAUGUUACUAGAAGACGUAUGCAAUUAGCUAUAAUGCAUCCGACUACACAAAAAUAUAGCGCUGGUAUGUUAGAAACUAUAAAACUAAUAUAUCUAGAGAAUGGUAUUAUAAAAGGUUUGUAUCGUGGAAUGAGCAUUAAUUAUUUACGAGCUAUUCCUAUGGUGUCUGUUAGUUUUACAAUGUAUGAAAUUAUGAAACAAAUACUUAAUUUGGAUACAGGAAUGAAAGUGUAAAUUUGUUUUAUAAUGCGAUAGGUAAUUUUGAUAUUCAAAUUUCACCUACAAAAAAGUACAAAGCGCAUACAGUUUAAUCAAAUACAAAUAAUGUCCAAUAUUUUUUUAACAAUUACUACUAAAUCCUAGUGAUAUUGUAUUAGUUUUAUAUUAUAAUGCAGUAAAGUUGUAACAAAUGUUUAAAUCUGAUCUAAAAUUAUUAGGGACGACUUCAACUAAAACGAAUAAUUACGAUUAAAUGAUAAAUAUCCAAUGUACGCAGACAUUUAUUUUUUUAUGUAUACAGCUCAGAUGUUGACAUAUGGUUUAAUGUUCACGUCGAGUAAAAAGUUGUAUUAUUUUUGUGAAUAGGCAGUUCGUUUAAUAAUAAUUCGCAUAUACGUAACUGAAGAAAUUUUUAAUAACAAUACGUAGAAAAUGCAAUCAAACAUUACUGUACUAAAAAACGGAGGGUAAAACAAAUAACUGUAAUAUAAUUUGUAUAUUUCUAUUGAUAACGUGGUAGGAUUCGAUCCGACAAUUUAAAUUCUAGAUAGGAAUUAAUUUAUUAUAGAAACUGUAUCAUAUUGUAUAAGAAACAAUAUACUUGGUGCGGAUAUUCCAGAGGAAUGCAUGUAACAGUAAUUGUAUUUAAAACGCGGUAAUUUCAGAAUUAUAGAAAAUUUAUAAAUAAAAUAUUUUUUCUCAAUUAUCGUACCCUAUUUUUGAUCCAUUAAACAUUUUCUUAUUGAUUAAAAAUACCAAAGAAAAGACGAGGAAAUUAUUUUAAUAAUCAUAAAAGCUAUAGCGUAUGUAAAUUUGUAAACUCAAGUGUUUCUCAUUUCUGUAUCUGUGGAAUACUUGCAUAAUAACCAACAGGUUGCAAUAAAUAAUUUUUCUCGUUGAUAUUUCCAAUUUGAUUUUUGUUUUUUUGUCAAUUAUUUCUUAAUAAACGUUUA